AUGCCGGCAAUAGAGAGCGGCGCGGAGUCGAGGCUGCUGCUGGUCUCAAAUCGGCUGCCCAUCACCAUCUCCCGCUCUAGCCAGGGCAAAUAUGAGUCCUCCAUGUCCUCGGGGGGUCUCGUGAGCGGUCUCAGCGGCCUGUCCAAGACAACGAAGUUUCAGUGGUAUGGGUGGCCGGGCCUGGAGGUGCCGUUCGACGAGGUCGAUAUAUUCAAGAAGAAGCUGAAGGAGGACUAUAAUGCUGUUCCGGUCUUUAUCGACAACGAUCUGGCAGAUAGACACUACAACGGCUUCUCCAACUCGAUAUUAUGGCCUCUUUUCCACUAUCACCCGGGAGAUAUUACCUUCGACGAGUCUGCGUGGGAGGCGUACCAGGAAGCAAACCGACUGUUCGCCCAGGCAAUCGCGAGAGAUGUCAAGGACGGUGACCUGGUGUGGGUACAUGACUACCACCUGAUGCUUCUACCUUCAAUGUUGCGGGAAGAGAUUGGAGAUAGCAAGAAGGAUGUCAAGAUCGGCUUCUUCCUACAUACGCCGUUUCCAAGUAGCGAGAUAUAUCGAAUCUUGCCUGUCAGGAACGAGCUCUUGCUCGGAGUCCUUCACUGUGAUCUCAUAGGCUUCCACACAUACGACUACGCCCGUCACUUCCUAAAUCCCGAAAAGUUCACAGAGGGACUAAAGCGGGAAAAAGUACAGAAGCGGAUAGCUGCGCUUCAGCAAAAGUUUCAGGGUGUCAAGUUGAUGGUUGGCGUGGACAGGCUAGACUACAUCAAGGGAGUGCCCCAGAAGCUUCAUGCCUUUGAAGUGUUUUUAACCGACCAUCCGGAGUGGAUUGGAAAGGUUGUACUGGUUCAAGUUGCUGUCCCAAGUAGGCAGGAUGUUGAGGAGUACCAGAACCUCAGAGCCGUCGUAAACGAGCUCGUAGGGCGGAUAAACGGGAGAUUUGGAACUGUCGAGUUUAUGCCAAUACACUUCUUGCAUAAAUCAGUCAACUUUGACGAGCUCAUUGCUUUAUAUGCUGUCUCUGAUGUGUGCAUCGUUUCCUCAACUAGAGAUGGAAUGAACCUUGUAUCAUACGAAUACAUUGCUACUCAGCGGGAUCGCAAUGGUGUACUCAUUCUAUCAGAAUUUGCCGGUGCUGCCCAAAGCCUUAAUGGCAGCCUGAUAAUCAACCCCUGGAAUACCGAGGAGCUGGCUGCAGCUUACAAAGAAGCCGUCACCAUGAGCCCGGAGAAGCGGAAGCUGAACUAUACCAAGUUGGAGAGAUAUAUUAACAAGUACACCAGUGCAUUCUGGGGUCACUCAUUUGUAUCCGAACUAACAAGGUUGCCUAACUGUGCUGAGAAGAAGGUCCAUUUCUCUCAAGCCACUAUAGAAGACAAUAAGGCCAUACAUAUGGUCCCCCACACAGAGCUACAGUGA